UGCUCGCUUCCGCGGUACCGUCUUCCAACCCAUCGAUCAUCGCGGUCGUCGAUCCUUCCCGCAAGGAUGCAUUCGCCGCCAAUCGCAGAGAAAGAUGGCGCUGCAGCAUCGGUCUCUGCACAGGCGAGGAGGAACACGAUGGAACCGGUCUCAAAAUGGCGAUCGUACCGCCUUCUGCAAGACGACCGUGCUCGCCGUUGCACAUUUCGUUUGCCGGGUUGACUCAGUGGCGGACUCGGCUGAGUCGGGUUCGGACCGGAAGGGAUGGUCAGUUGAGAGUAGGAGCAAGGCCACGAUCGACGAAGAGAUGUCCUCCGAUGGGCGAUGUAGAGGGCAGAGUUCGUCUUUCCGUAAAAAUUUGCUGUAUCUGCUAGUAUGCGUUCGUGGUAAAGGUCGAGAAGAAGAGGUGGGUGUAGGAUCGUUGCCCAACUCCACUGUAGGUCGUCCCAAAGAUGUCGUUUUCAAAACCCGAUGUGUUGUAUCGAAGAGUUGCGGAGUCGUGUAUUGUUGCGAGCCAAAGUGUUGUCGCAACGAAAUGAUGAAAUGAUCCCGUGAACGGUCUUUCUUGCAAGUGUUGG